AUGCGAUCACAUAAGGAGGCAGACGAUGUUGACGAGAAGCACAUCAACGAACAACAGCUAACGCUACAGAAGGGCCCCGAGGAAACCAAAAACGAGGUUGGCACAGACCUGGAAAGACAUCUAUCGAGGAAAAGCACGAAGAGAGACCAGAUCGCCGUGGAAAAGUACCCUCUAUCCGAUCUCGACAACAACCUCGUCGGCUGGGACUCGCAAGAUGACCCCGCAAACCCACGCAACUUUACCACCAAAAUGAAAAUAACAUUACUAGCACUCGUCUCCGCCAUCACAUUUGUCAGUCCACUGGCUUCUUCCAUAUUCGCGCCAGGCAUACCGUUUGUCAACAGUGAUUUCCACAAUACAUCGCAACUGCUCGGCUCGUUUGCCGUCAGCGUGUACGUGCUAGGUUUCGCAUUGGGACCUCUAUUCCUUAGCCCACUGUCCGAAAUCUACGGCCGCUAUAUCAUCCUAAACUGCGCCAACGUCUUCUUCUGUGCCUUCACUCUUGGAUGUGCACUUGCACCCAACCUGGGUGGUCUCAUCGGCAUGCGCUUCCUCGCCGGUGUCGGCGGCAGUGCCUGUCUGACCAUCGGGACAGGCGUCAUUGCCGACAUGUUCAUCGCACAACAACGCGGCAAAGCUGUGUCCAUUUACUCUCUAGGCAUCCUGUUCGGUCCCAUCCUCGGUCCCAUCUGCGGCGGCUUCAUCGCUCAACGCGCUGGCUGGCGAUGGGACAUGUGGGUCGUUCUCAUCGUCGGCGUCCUCCUCACUAUCGCCCUCUUCAUUUUCAACCGCGAAACUUACCACCCUGUCAUCCUAUCCCGCAAAACACAGCGUCUCCGCAAGGAACUCAACCGCCCCGAGCUUCAAAAUAUCAUGACGUACAACAAAGACGCCGCUGCCUUAUCCCCUUUACAAGUCCUGCAAAAUGGUAUCACGCGGCCGCUGAAGAUGCUCGCCUUUUCUCCCAUUGUGCUUCUCUGCUCACUCUACGUUUCUUUCCUGUUCGGUCUGCUCUUCCUCCUCUUCACAACAAUCACCUCCGUCUUCAUCAAGACAUACGGCUGGGCACCCGAAAUGACCGGUCUCGCAUACCUAGGCAUCGGUCUCGGAAACUUCAUGGGCAUCGCCGUUGUCGCUAAGACCAGCGACGCGACAAUUAUUCGGCUAGCCAAGAAGAACAAUGGUGUCUAUGAGCCGGAGAUGAGGUUGCCUAUGUACGGUUGGACAUCCUACUACCACGUCCACUGGAUCGUUCCCAUCAUCUCCCUCAUGCCCUUUGGCUUCGGAAUGAUGGGCAUAUUCGCGCCUCUCCAAACCUACAUGAUCGACUGCUUCCCACAAUACGCUGCCUCGGCCAUCGCUGGCAUGACCGCUCUGCGCUGUCUCUUUGGCGCCAUGUUGCCGCUUGCUGGACCCAAGAUGUAUGAGAGUAUGGGCCUGAAUUGGGGGAAUAGUAUGUUGGGGUUCUUGGGCGUAGCAUUUAUCCCUGUGCCGGCUUUGCUGUUUAAGUACGGCAAGGUUAUCAGGGAGAGGUAUCCUAUUAAGUUCUAGGCGAGUUCGCGUGAAGAUAUUUUUUGUUGAUCUGAGCAUUUCGGGAUACCCUCGUUUACAAUAUCUGGGGUUCAUAUAGUACCUUGUUUUUUGAGUCACCUAGGUGGGCUGUAUUGUAUUGCAUUGUAUGGAGUUUUUUCUUGUUCGACUAUAUAGUUGAAGGCAAUAACGAACACCACUCCAUAUAUACAUC